ACCAAAUCAAACCAAACGAUUUGAUUUCAUUUUAAUUUUAACUUCAAAAUUACACUGAAUCAAACCGUAAAAAGUUUCAAUUUCAAUUUCAAUUUCACUCAGAACCCCACUUAAUCAAACUGUGCCCAUCCUUACGGGCCUGAAAGGCUGAACCCAAUUUCCCUUUUUAUUCCCUCCAUCUUUCUUCUUCUCUUUCCCGCCGUUGUAUGAUUUUUGGAAAGAAUCGAGGACUCCGCUUUCUGAGACUGAUUUGCUGGAUUUCUUCUAUUCACUCCGACCCUUCCAUAUGUGGUUUGCUUAUAUUGUGCAUUUUAGUGUGCUGAGACACUCCUGUUGUUAGUCCUUGCAAAGGCGGGACUUUUAGUUGACUCUGACAAGUUUGAAACGUUUUCACACAGCCAUGAGAACAUUUUCUUCUGAUGAUCCCAUCGAACCCGCUACAUUUGACCUUAUUAUUAUUGGAACGGGUCUCCUUGGAUCAGUAAUUGCUGCCGCAGCUUCUGCUGCCGGAAAAACUGUCCUCCAGCUUGACCCUUACAACUCUUAUGGCAGUCACUUUGCCUCUCUUCAUCUCAAUGAUUUCACCUCCUUCAUACAUUCCCAUGCUACUCCAUCCUCUACUGCCAGCGCCAAUAUGACCCCUACAAGUAUUGACCAUGACUACACCGUUUUGGACCUCAACCCCCAGUUGUUAUACUCCAACAUGGAGAUUGCCACCUAUGCCCCUGAAAUCCUUGCAAAACAUCAACCUGAAAGAUUCACCAUUGAUCUUGGCGGGCCUAGGGUUUUCUUUUGUGCUGACAAAGCCAUUGACCUUAUUUUGAAAUCAGGUGUGUAUCACCAAGUUAAGAGCAUUGAUGCGAACUUCAUUCUUGAUGGGAAAGGGCAGUUAUGGAAUGUUCCAGAUUCUCGAGGAGCAAUAUUUAAGGACAAGAGCCUAAGCCUUAUAGAGAAGAACAAAUUAAUGAAGUUCUUCAAGCUUGUUUGGCAGCACUUGGCAGCCUCUGAUGGCGGUGACGAAGGGAGUCAAAAUAGCGAGAGUUCCAAAAUUUUGGAGGAAGAUUUGGAGAGCCCCUUUGUUGACUUCUUAAAGAGAAUGCAGUUGCCACACAAAAUAAAAUCGAUUAUUCUAUAUGGCAUUGCCAUGGUAGACUAUGAUCAAGACAACUUGGAAUUUUGUAAAAGCAUACUUAAAACAAGAGAAGGGAUAGAGCGCUUAGCACUCUACCAGAAAUCGAGGUUGACUAAUGCACCUGAGGCUAUGAUUUAUCCAAAGUAUGGUCAUGGGGACUUAUCAUACGCCUUUUGCCGCCGUGCUGCUGUUAAGGGUUGCGUUUAUGCUGAACGAGUUCCAGUUUCGGUACUUAUGGACAAGCACAGUGAGCAAUAUAAAGGUGUUAGAUUAUCCACAGGUCAGGAUUUGUUUAGUCAUCAUCUAGUUUUGGACCCAACCUUCAAGUUCCCAUUGCCACCAGCUUCAUCUCCACCUGAUCUGAGCGCAAGUCUAAAAGAUGAUAAAGGAAAGGUGGCUAGGGGAAUAUGUAUUACAACCAGUUCCAUGAAGCCAGAUAUAUCAAAUUGUUUUCUUGUAUAUCCUCCUGGAUCUUUGUACCCUGAACAACGUACUUCAAUCCGGGCUAUCCAGAUAGCUGGCAGUUCGGCUGAGGUUUGUCCGAAGGGCAUGUUUAUGUUGUACUUUUCUGCUUUAUGUGAUGACGCCGAACAAGGAAAAAGAUCACUACAUGCCGCCAUGAAUGCUCUUCUUACACUUCCUGUCUCUGGAAAUCGUCAUGGUUCCACUGUUCACAGUGAAGACGCAGAAAAAAAACCAACCUUAGUAUGGAGCACGUUGUAUAUUCAGGAGCUGAUCAUGGAUCAACAUGAAUAUUUCAUCUCAACUCCCAUGCCAGAUGGAAACCUGAACUACAAUGAUCUGAUCGAUGCAACUGCAGAGAGUUUCCAUAGGAUUUAUCCAGAUGAAGAAUUCUUUCCACUGACAUCGUCGGCUCGUAGUCUGGAGGAUGAUUGUGGCCUUGUUCUAGAGAACUAGGGCUCGUUUGGUAAGUGAAUUGGAUCGACCCAUGUAUUACUGUGCUGUACUUUACCGUAUUAUCUUUUUUACCUUUGAUCUUUUAUAAAAUAAAUAGUUCCCAAA